AUGCAUACCAGAGUCGCUGAAACAUCACUUCAGUGCUCUGCUGAUCUCUUUUUCAAAUUCUUUAAGGAGACAGCAUGCCGCUUACCUGAGGUCUGCGGUGAUAUUGUGCAGAAAAUAGAACUUGCUGAUCGUAACACGAGCUGGAUCGAUGUUGUUGGUUCCCGCAAGCGGAUUUACUUCACACCUUCCCCUGGUGCUUCAGAGAACGUCAAGUAUGAAGUUGAAGGCAUAGAUGACUCCUCCAAGAAAAUAUCCUACAAUGUGCUGGAAGGAUCGAUGCUGCAACUUUACAAGACCUUCAAGGUCACUUUUGAGGUUACUGUUUUUGAGGUUACUGCUGCCAGUACCGCAAAGUGGACUAUCAUAUAUGACAAACUAGAUCCAUCAUACAAAGACCCUGAUGUUUACAUCGGACUUUUGCUUACUGUCAACAAUGAGGUUAAUAACUGCCUUCGUUACUGUUGCGAAGUGUAG